UGUGUAUAAAGAUUUGUGUAAGUGUGUGCAGGUGUGUGUAAAAGUGUGUAAGUGUGUGUAGAGUGUGUGUAAUAUUGUGCCAAUGUGUGUACAAUGAUAUGUACGUGUGUGUAGAAGUGUGUAUAAAGGUUUGUGUAAGUUUGUGCAGGUGUGUGUAAAAGUGUGUAAGUGUGUGUAGAGGUGUGUGUAAGUUUCUGCAUGUUGCU